AUGCCCGUGCUCAAGCAUCAGGCCAAGCGACAGAAGAAGAAGCCUGUCGCGUACGUCAUUGGAUUUGCCUCCCCACUCAAUGCUCUGAUCUACUCUGACCUCCUUGAAGCUGCCAUCGCUGCCACUCACAUAAACUAUCUGGACCAAAUCCUAUCGGAGAAUACACAUCUAAAGGAACAAUUACGCUCUUCUCAUACUCCCCAGUCUUCUCCAGCUCAUCUGUCAGACACGGUUCCGCCGCAGGACUCUUAUCCUGCCGUGCAGAAUCCCCUGAUAGGCGAGCGUGCAUGGUUCUAUCCAUAUGAUUCAUCCGCACCUCCAAUCUACAUGGGAGACGCCGCCUGCACGGCCUUCGCAACAAGGCUGCGGCAAUUUAUUACAGAUAACCCAAAUACAUCACACGUUGCUCGGACCCAGUACACUCCCGAGUCACUACUGCUAGAGGGUGAAACGCAAUGGCCGGGACUCGCCCAAGCCCGUCUAUUAGUCCGCGUUGCGUUCAAUCAACUAAGUCGUGUCUACCACCUGUUCUUGAGGAAGAGUACCCUGGAGCAGCUGGGAAAUAUCUACCGCACGCCGUCAUUGCGAGAUGACCCCGCCCUGACCUGCAAGUUCUUCGCUCUCUUCGCUCUAGGGGAAGUCUACUCUGCGCGCACCGCCUCGCCCUCGGGAGGUCGAGUACCAGGCACGAGAUACUAUUCAUUAUUUUCGUACUUCUUGAAUCGACGUCAUUCGGCAUACAUGCUGAUUGGAAGUGCCAUGCGUUUAGGUCUGGUCCUAGGGUUGAAUCAUAAUAUCCCAGUCCGUCAAUGUACUGACCCCGUCGAACGCGAGCAUCGCGUGCGACUUUGGUGGGCCAUCUACAUUUUCGACCGCAUGUAUACGUCAAAGAUCGGGUUUCCUCUUCAGAUCCGCGACGAUGAUAUAUGUGUUGAUAUGCCUGCAGAUGUCGAUUCCCCUGUGGCCGGGGAGCAGUUCUCAGACACCGCUUAUCUGGUUUCUAGCAUUCGACUGGCACGCAUAAUUGGUCAAAUAAUAGACAAGAUAUACAGCCGCAAACACCACCAAGAAUCAUUCCUUCAACGGGAGCAGCAGCUUUUGCUUGCACUACAGGAAUGGCUGCAAUCGCUUCCAGCCCACAUCAAGCUAAGACCGGAAGACUCUCCACCUAAACACAUUGUUUCCCUUCAUCUUCAAUUCAACCAGUGCGUAAUCCUGGCAACGCGCCCAAUCAUUCUCCAUGCCCUCUUCCAACGACGCGGUCAGCGUGAAAGCCACGAAGAUCUUCCACAGCCAGUCAUCACUCUUAGUGAAGCCUGCAUUCAUGCUGCGAGGCAUUCGCAUGCACUGGUCACCGACGAAUGGGUCAAUGGAUCCCUGCCAAUGUAUGGUUAUUUCUAUGCUCAGUAUCUCUUCUCUGCCGUCAUUGUGUUGGUUAUCUCGAGUCUACUACCAUCCAUCGGAAAUCCGACCGACCUAGAGUCCCUUGACACGGCCGUCGAAAUCCUCCAUAGAAUGAGCGAUCACGGGAACCUUGCAGCUGCGGAGUUCUACGAGAAUCUCAGACGAGUUCAGGAAGCUCUACCAACAGACAAAAGUGCUAGUGCCGACCACGAUGACCACACCCAAAUGUCAGGACAAUCUCUCUACAGUCCUAUCAUCCCAACCACCGGAGCACACACUGUAGAACCCGCGGCUGCUGCCUUUGCCGGGUUUACUACAGAAAUGGCGUUCUUGGAACCUACCAUGCAAGAUUUUCUAGGUAGAUCGGACAACGAGAUGGAUUUAAUUGAUCCGGAUUUACUUACAAUCGAAGGGGCGACAGGGCUGAACGCAUGGCCAACGUCGUUUUGGUCUUAA